GUUUGUAACUUGUGUGUUUACUCUGCCUGGAAUAGAUGGCAUGACAAAGGGAAAAGAGAUCAUGAAACGGGUCAAAGGCAAACUCCAAAGCAAACCUGCCGAUCAGCAAAGUUCAUUGAAGUUCAAAGAAUUCCUUAGGCAAGUAUUUCUAAUGGGGAACAGUGAAUUGCAUGUAGAGAUACAGUAUAUUACCUAAAUUACUUCAAUUAUUUAAAUUGACGAGAACAAUAACAUUUUCUUUCACUUCUAACAGCCAUAAAAUCAAAGUGUUGGAGACCGACAAAAAAGAGGUAGUGGGUGUAUUUGGGAAGACUGGGGCUGGUAAAAGCUCUUUGAUUAACAGCAUCUUGGAUCAGAGAAAUGUACUGCCCUCUGGAGACAUCAGUGCAUGCACCUCAGUCAUGAUUCAGGUUGAGGCUAACAUGUGGUCCUCUGUAGCUCAGCUGGUAGAGCACGGCGCUUGUAACGUCAAGGUAGUGGGUUCGAUCCCCGGGACCACCCAUACACAAAAAAUGUAUGCACGCAUGACUGUAAGUCGCUUUGGAUAAAAGCGUCUGCUAAAUGGCAUAUUACAUUACAUUACAUUACAUUACAUGACCAGGGACAGAAAAUACACUGCAGAGAUUGAGUUCAUUACGCAAGAGGUAAUAAUCUGUGUUUCAUAUGCCUUUAUUUAAAGGUUGAGUAUGUCAUUUUAGAAGCUUGCAGGAUGCAUUACUUACCAACAACAGCUGCAAAUCACAAACAACGACAUCACGUUUUGAAGUUUACUUUCCUUGCUUCGUCUAACUACACAUCUUGAAUCUAGCAAAUCAUUUUUGUGGUGCAGUAUUUAUAAAAAAUGUCAUAGCGCAAACAUUUGCUAGCAAGUUCCUCACAUUGGCUUUAACCAUAGGGGGAGCAGGCUUGUUCUGGCAUGUCCAGGGGGUUGCCUAGCAACACUUGCCUUGGAAGGGAGGCAACAUUGGCAUAGCUGGACAAAUUCCCAUGAUUCUACGCUAGAUUCGGAUCAAACAAUUAGUGUGACAGCUAAAAUGGCUUUGAAAAAUAUAUUUUUUCUACAUUAACUACAUUAUGUCUUUCACUAAUUAUAAACUAUAUACAGUACCAGUCAGAAGUUUGGACACACCCACUCAUUCCAGGGUUUUUCUUUUCUUUUUACUAUUUUCUACAUGGUAGAAUAAUAGUGAAGACAUCAAAACUAUGAAAUAAUACAUAUGGUAUCAUGUAGUAAACAAAAAAGUGAUAAACAAAUCAAAAUAUAUUUUAUAUUUGAGAUUCUUCAAAUAGCCACCCUUUGCAUUGAUGACAGCUUUGCAUACUCUUGGCAUUCUCUCAACCAGCUUCAUGAGGUAGCCACCUGGAAUGCAUUUCAAUUAACAGGUGUGCCUUCGUAAAAGUUAAUUUGUGGAAUUUCUUUCCUUCUUAAUGCGUUUGAGCCAAACAGUUGUGUUGUGACAAGGUGUGGGGGGGGGGGGGGGGGGGGGGGGGGGGGGGGGGGGGGGUAUACAGAAGAUAGCCCUAUUUGGUAAAAGACCAAGUCCAUAUUAUGGCAAGAACAGCAUAAAUAAGCAAAGAAAAACGACAGUCCAUCAUUACUUUAAGACAUGAAGGUCAGUCAAUCCAUAACAUUUCAAGAACUUUGAAAGUUUCUUCAAGUGCAGUCACAAAAACCAUCAAGCGCUAUGAUGAAACUGGCUCUCAUGAGGACCGCCACUGGAAUGGAAGACCCAGAGUUACCUCUGCUGCAGAGGAUAAGUUCAUUAGAGUUAUCAGCCUCAGAAAUUACAGGCCAAAUAAAUGCUUCACAGAGUUCAAGUCACAGACACAUCUCAACAUUAACUGUUCAUUGUCGAAAUGCUGCAAAGAAACCACUACUAAAGGACACCAAUAAGAAGAAAAGACCUGCUUGGGCCAAGAAACACAAGCAAUGGAUAUUAGACAGGUGGAAAUUUGUCCUUGUGUCUUUGUGAGGCGUGGUGUGGGUGAACAGAUGAUCUCCGCAUGUGUAUUUCCCACCGUAAAGCAUGGAGGAGGAGGUGUUAUGGUGUGGGGGUGCUUUGCUGGUGACACUGUCUGUGAUUUAUUUAGAUUUCAAGGCACACUUAACCAGCAUGGCUACCACAGUAUUCUGCAGCGAUACGCCAUCCCAUCUGGAUUGGGCUUAGCACAUCGCUGGUCCAAGAAAAUUAGUAUACUGUAGGGUAUGAAAUUAUUGACACCCUUGAUAAAGAUGAGCAAAAAUGACUGUUUAAAAUAAAGAAUUCAAAUACUGAGCUAUAUUGUAUGCAAAAAAAAAGGGAAAUUAUAUAAUUGUAUUUGCUCAGAGAAUGUUUUUUUUUUCUAAAAAAGGUAGGGGUCCAAAUUAAUGACACCCCUGUUUUCAAUACCUUUCAAUAGCCUACCUUGCGAAGAUAACGGCACUGAGCCUUUUUCGAAAAUGUCAUAGAUAAAGUAAAUAUGUGGUCAAUUUAGGGCUGUCAAUGUUAACGCAUACAUUUUUGGGACGCAGUUAAUGGCAUCUUCAUUUUUAAACCCAAAAGUCAGUGUUUCUGCACAGACUCUUUUAAGCACAACACACAAUGCGCUUUGCUGUGCUGUAUGCUCUCAGUUACUUUGUUGUGUGUGUGUGUGUGUGUGUGUGUGUGUGUGUGUGUGUGUGUGUGUGUGUGUGUGUGUUUGUGUGUGUGUGUGUGUGUGCUUGUGAGUGUGUCUAUGUAAGAGUGUUCCCGUAUGAUGUACAUGAGUCUGUUUGUGUUGUAAUUGGCAGUGGGUGGUGGUAUGUGCAUCAAAAUGAGGGAAGUAGUACAAAAAAACAUAGAUUUUGGUAUGUUAUUACUUGGUUGGUUAAAGUUAUUACAUAAUUCAUCAAAAAAGUUGUUACUCACCAGUUAAUGUAAUAACUACCGGUUAAUGUAAUAACUUUAAAAUGUUUUUACAUUAACUGGUUUUAUUACAUAAAAAAUCCAAAAGUUAACCAGUGAUAUUACAUUAACUGUUGUUUCAUACCCUGACAUCAUGUCACUGUCCUCCAAGAUUAAGUUCCCAAUACACAUUCGAAUGCCCAAUGUUCUAUGGUAAAGUCAUUAAAGCUUGCAUCCUGUGACUUUGAUAUGGACCUCAUUUAAUUUGAAAUAACUUUAUAUGUGCCUACCUGGGAGCAAAAGGGUUAUACCUGGAUCUAAAAAUGGUUCUUCAAAGGGUUCUCCUAUGGGGACAACUGAAGAACCCCUUUGGGUUCUAGAUAGUACAGUUUAGUUACCCUUCAAUUCAAAACAUGUUUAGCCAAGAGUGUUCAUCAGUGUAGUCAUGCAGACCACAAUUGCUCCACUAAGACAUACAUUGCUUAAAACCUCUCUUUAAAUUAACAUGUUUCAGAAAUACCCAAACUUCAGGAAUUUCUCAGAAAUCUCAAUGAUCGUCGCACAAAGAUUUCAGAUUAUGUUUCUGGAGCCUAUGGGAUACUCUCUCUGAUACAAGGAGCCAAAAGCAGUGACAUAGUAUUGUACUUCAAGCAGAACAAAAUAAUUUAUUCCAGUUUAUAUACCUCUUUCGUGUAAAUAACUGUAGUAUAUUAAAAGCUUUGAUUUUGGAUUUCAGACAGACAGCAAAGAAGUGGUGUGCCAGGUUCCGGAAAAUAACCUGAAAGAGGGGCUCGAAACCAUUGGUCAAUCUAUUGACGAGGCUUAUGAGGCUUUUGAACAAUGCCUCUCACUAGGAGUUCGACAGUCAGUAGACUCAUGUGAGAAAAUUGCCAAGGAUAAAGUGAUAGAACCAGUAAGUCACAAAUGUACACAUAUUGAAGAUAUUAGUACGCAUAACAAAUUAGGUUGUUGGAAAAUAAUUUAUGCUGUGAGUUGUAAAAAGCCUAUAACCAUGUUUUACAUUUUGUUUCUAGAAAGGAAAAAAAGGCAGUGGGUACCACAAGGUAUUGAAGACAUUAUGCAAGAAAAAUGGAGUUUACAAACCAAUCAGAAAAAAGGGACAGAAAAGGCAAAGGGAAAGAAACAUUAAUGACAGUUUGGCCUCAUGUAUGAGAGGUCUCAGCAAUGAAACGUUCAAGAAAUAUUUCCCGUGAGUUAUCUUUAAUUUUUUAUAAUAUCAACAGUUAUAAGAUCAACAAAGAAAAUAAUAACUAACACAAUGUUGUUGCCAGUAUCUAUUUUGUUCAUUACGCUCAGGCUACGUAUCGGCCUCUGGGACUAUUGGGCGUUCUUGCUCAGACAAGGCUACCUACCUUCUCAUAUUGGCCUCUGAGAAGCAGAAUAGUGACAAUAGUGUGCAACUUCACCCAUUUGCAGGAUUCCAAACAUUAUUUUAAUAAAUGUAGGUCCCGUAUAGCUCUAAUUAAAACAUAAUUUAUUUCAGAAAUCAAGGCAAGGACAGCUCAAUCAAUUAUUUGAUUGAUAACUUCACCCUUGACACAAACCGCUUGGUUGAGAAGCACCCAGAAGUGUUACUGCUUCUGACAUUCCUCAAGACGGAGGUAGGGUGCGAUAUUUGUAUUCACUCAAAACUACUGGAAAGGUUUAAUUACAGCAAAUAGGCUUUCAUUUGUGCUCUCAUGUGAACUCCUUCAUCAUGCCAAACAUUUGUUUUGCAUGACAAGGAGUGGCAAGAAGUGGCAUGACUGCUAGGCUACUGUCAUUUGGCCUAGAGACCUUAUUCACCCUGAACGUGCUACCCAAAUAUGGCUAGUGCUGUCAAUAGUAAACCGUGGAAUCUUUUGGGCGGAUAAUGAUGACAAUGUGCUAACAGCUAAUCUAAUAUACAGGUGACAUUUUUGUAGGAUUUGUUGUGUUUUAAAUGGAGCACUUUCUACCCCUUCAGAAAAUGAACGUUAAUCAAUGAAUAAUGGCCACCACAUGAAUACGGUCUAUUUAUUGGCCCUCAAUUUGUCAUCUGAUCCUUUCCCGCCAGAGCAUCAAGCAAAGCUUGUCAAAUUGUAGUUAUGUUGCUAGUGUGAUGUUAUGAUAAUUAAUAUUAUUAUUAUUAUAAUUAUUAGUCAAGAGAAUCCAAAUAUAGUUAACGACAAUGUUGUUGAAUAAUAUUUUCUGUCUGAAAGGAAACCAAAUUGAAGGCAAAACUAAAGAGGGACAUCCGUGAGAGGAAGAAAGAAAUCUACAACAUUCUCCUAAAGUCAAUCAGUAACACAAUGCACCCAUGCUAUGAAAGUAGGUUUUGAGAUUGAUAUUUAAUAAGCUAUUCUAUACUAUUCAUCUACAUUGCACAGAAACGUUGACCUAGUAUUGGGAUAACAUUUCCGAUAACACAUUUUUUCUACAAUUUCAUUAGCAGUAUUUCAGUAGCAAAUAAUGUCAUACCAUGAUUGUGAAAUGUGCUGUCUGCAUUUUAGGGGCGGCACAGUAUACGGGAACAGACCGUCUUGAGAAUAUGCGAAAGGAACUGAGGAAUCACUUGAAGGAAUCUAAGGGAGAAAUGUUCAACAAGGCCAAGAAAGAGAUGUUGGAUCUCCUCAAAGAAAUG